AUGCUGCAGGACGAUUAUGACAACGUAUACAAAAUCAUCCUGCUGGGCGAUGCUACUGUCGGCAAAAGCCAUCUCCUGAGUCACUACAUCAGGGGUACGCUGCCCAAGCAAGCCAAGGCUACCAUAGGCGUGGAGUUCGCCACGCGCACCGUCCCGCUUGCAAGUGGAGGCACUGUAAAAGCGCAAAUAUGGGACACUGCAGGACAGGAGCGCUAUCGCAGCAUCACAAGCGCGCACUACCGCCGUGCGGUCGGCGCGCUACUGGUGUACGACGUCACCAACCGUCAGAGCUUCUACAACUGCCAAAAGUGGCUUGACGAGCUCAGGCUGGCGGCUGAACCAGACAUCGUUGUGGUUUUGGUCGGAAACAAAAUCGACCUUACUAUACAGGACCCGUCCGUCAGGCAGGUACAUCGCGACCAGGCUGCCAUGUUUGCCAGCGAGUGGAACCUGCACCUGUUCGAGGCGUCGGCAGUAUCGGGACAAAACGUGAAGGACAUAUUCGAGUUCCUGCUCCAGGAGAUACACAACCUCAAGUCACGCGCUGACGCGCCACACGGAAACGAAGAGGCCACCAUAAGCACCUCCGAAUCGAGCAGGAUUGACCCAUUGCACGUCUCGAGGAGACGCCAACAUGAAACAGUAUUAGGAUGCCUGCAGCAAGAUAGCUGCAGUGGUGGCUCGUGCAUGUUCCAGUGA